UGGUGGUGGCGCCGGAAAGUGACCGUAGGGGUCAGUCAUAAACUCUCUCACCGUUUCUUUUUUGGUCCUCAAAUCUUCUUUUUCACCCUUCUUUAACGAGAUCUUCUCCUUCCCUCAAUCGCCGAUUUCAAAUCUCGUUUCUUUCCUGUACGCAAACCCUACUCUGAUUUCGUCGUAGGGGUGGGAAGAAAGAAGUAGGAAUUAGUAAUUAGGGGAGAAGAGAAGAGAAGAGGCGAUUUCUCUCUGCUGAUUCGAUCUGCCAACAUCUGAAGUCCCGAUCUGUCAGGAUUUAGGGGUUUUCUCAUCUGGGUUGAUUAUAAAAAAGGUUUCUUUUUUGGAAUGGGGGAAUCAGGUGGUGGAAGCUGGCGAGAUUCUUAUAAAGGGAUGUCCUCUGAUAACAUCAAGGGUUUGGUUUUGGCCUUGUCUUCUAGUUUAUUCAUUGGAGCUAGUUUCAUUGUUAAGAAGAAAGGUCUUAAGAAAGCUGCCUCCACUGGCACUAGGGCAGGUGUUGGUGGGUAUUCUUAUCUUUACGAGCCUCUUUGGUGGAUCGGCAUGACAACGAUGUUACUUGGUGAAAUUGCCAAUUUUGCUGCUUAUGCAUUUGCGCCAGCUAUUCUUGUUACUCCUCUAGGUGCUGUCAGUAUCAUUAUCAGUGCUGUCUUAGCUCAUAUUAUACUACGAGAGAAACUACACAUCUUUGGAAUUCUUGGCUGUGCUUUAUGUGUUGUUGGUUCCACGACAAUUGUCCUACAUGCUCCUCAAGAACGUGAAAUUGAUUCUGUGCUUGAAGUUUGGAAUCUUGCAACAGAACCAGCAUUCAUGUUCUAUGCGAGUCUGGUAAUUGGGGCUGCUGUAUUUCUCAUUUUCCGUUUUGUGCCCCAAUAUGGGCAAACAAACGUAAUGGUUUACAUCGGUAUCUGUUCGCUUGUGGGAUCAUUAUCGGUAAUGAGCGUUAAAGCACUUGGAAUAGCACUAAAGCUGACAUUUUCAGGAACAAAUCAAUUAUUUUAUCCUCAAACAUGGAUAUUCACCUUGGUCGUACUUACCUGUGUGAUUACCCAACUGAACUACUUAAACAAGGCUCUUGAUACAUUCAAUACAGCUAUAGUAUCUCCUAUAUACUACGUUAUGUUCACAUCUCUAACUAUUUUGGCCAGUGUCAUCAUGUUUAAGGACUGGGAUCGACAAAAUGGUACUCAAAUUGUCACAGAAAUGUGUGGAUUUGUUACAAUACUUUCAGGCACCUUUCUUCUCCACAGAACGAAGGACAUGGUCGAGGGUUCAUCGGUAAUACUACCGUUGCGUAUAAGCAAGCAUACUGAUGAAGAAGAAGGCAUUCCACUUAGACGUCAAGAAUCUCUCCGGGCACCUUAAAAAGCUUUUCACUAUGCUUUCUGGUCCACUGCGAUAACUGCAAACCAGAGCAUCAACCUUUUAUUUUCUUUUUUUUCCUUAUCUCGACCUACGAUGAGCAUGGACCAUGGUUCUGUCUAACAAAUACAAAUGGUUCAAGAAGAUCGAGGAAGGAAAGAGGAGCAACGAAGACGAGAUCAUUAUCAUCUUCUCCAAAUGUUGGUAAAUAUGCUGUGAGUUUAUUAAGCACACGCCAUUAGCACACAUCCACGCGUAAACCCUGUUGUGACGUUAAAAUUUUUUUAGAAACAGAAAUGGGUUUUGCUUAAAAUUGUUCUUACAAACAUAUAAUGACUAAAAGGUUUUUCAAUUCAAGAUUUGCAAUGUU